AUGCUCAUAUUUGAUGGCGUUGUGUGGGGCUUUGCAGCCGUGUUCAUCGUCCAGCCGACAUGGCUCGCGAAGAUCCCGUUUACUAGGUUUACCUGGCCGUGUUCACCGUCUGGUCGACAAACAAACGGUGACCCGCCUUACGAGACGUGUUCGGUCACACAUCUGUCAGAACGCCAGUGGCGCACGCGCCAUUUGGGCGCUCAUCUCACGCCGCUUGAUUCUACCGAUCUCUUAGCCGCAGCAUUGCAACGACUUGAGUCUUUUGGGCAGGUUUUAGAACGCUCCCCAGUAACCCUGGUAUUUGACCCUUGUGGAGCAGUCGUUAUUGCAGCAUACUGCCAAAUUCAUUAUAGAUGUGUAUGGCGGCGCACAUCUCAACCGCUCGACCCUGCACAAAGCACAGACAUAGCUUACAGCACGACAUAUCGAGUGUCAUACAUUAUUGGGUCAAGUUGCUCAGCUACUGGAGACGACAAGCAUAAGCCACCAACCAAUUUAUCCCUCGCUGUUCAGUAG